AUGGCCGUUAUUAUCGCCAAGGACGGGAGACACAUUACAGAAGAUGAAGCUCUAGAUUACGUCUUAGGCUACACUUGUGGAAACGAUAUCAGUGCCCGCACCGCGCAAUUCAAAACACCCAGUGGUGCUUUGCCAAAGGCUAGUCUUGACGGAGCUGCGCCCUUAGGACCGGUGAUUGUAUCACCAGUGAUACUUAAGGACGGCCAGGGACUCCGGAUUCAGGGCAUAUACAAUGGUCGAGUUGUCGAAGACUCGAACACUAGUGAGAUGAUUUUCGACGUCGCCAAAACCAUUGCCCACCUCUCACAGGGAACCACACUAGAAAAGGGAACCGUUAUUCUAACCGGGACCGGUCCUGGUAUUGGGUUUAUGCGCAAGCCUAGAAUCGGGCUAACCCACCGCGCCGAGAUGCGCGUAAUGAUCGAGAACAUCGGCACUCUGAUCAACAAGGUCUAUCAUGAGUGA